AGUCGCGCUCGACCUAGGUGACUCUAGCUGAGACGAAUUUUGCACUGCUGCUCCUCCGCCUUGUGAGAGGCGUCUCGUAGGGCACUCAUUGAGCUUACUUUCCCAGCUUAUGUAGAGGUCAACGCACCAUACAUAGUGCCCCUUUUGAUUGCACACCUUAUCAAUCCUUCACUUUGUAUCUUGCCUUCUGUGAGAUGCACCUACAAACUGCAUCAGCUCUGCACUGUCGCCUUUGUGCAUCCUACGAUGGCACCGCUACAUGCAGCCUCUCAAUGGUUUCCCGCCGGCUAUCAGGGGCUCUCAAGGCAGACUCUACAGUAUGCCUGCUUCUUCUCCUGCAUUCCCCUGGGGCUUAUUCACAGAUUUGUCCCAACCACCACCGGCCGCCACCUGUACUCUUUUCUGACCGCGACAGUCUUAUUGAGACUUCUCCAUCCUGAGGCAGUGCCACAUUUUGCAUUCAUCAUUGCUGUAUCGUACUCGAUCAUGCUGCUCUUCCGGCCGUGGUGCGGGGUGAUGGUGACGUGGGUGGCGUUCGCUCACAUGACCUGGUGUCACUGGUUGUACAGCGGGCAGUACAUGGGCACAUUCCCCUUUGUUGGCUACUUUAUGGUUCUAGUCUUGCGGCUGGGUUCAGUCGCCUAUAACUACCAGGACGGUUUGCUUCCCGAGGAGCGCCUCUCAAAGACGCAGGCCCUGUUUCGGAUCAAUUCGCUGCCAAACAUACUGGAGUAUCUGGGCUACGUGAGUCAAGGGUACAUGUCAGUGGGGCCUCACGUUGACUACGUGGACUACAUACAGUACACAAAGACAGAAGGGCGGUGGAGUCGCAAAGAGAAGACACCAAACCCGCUGCCUGCUGCUAGUGUCGCGCUGGCACGCACCGCCGUGUUUGGCUACCUGACCUUCAAAACGGCCCGGCUGGCCCCCGUCGCCUUUCUGAAAUCCUACGCGUACAAUCACACAUACUCCUUUUGGCGGAGGCUGGGCUACCAGCUGCUCGUGUUUGAGCACCAGCGAUUCAUGUGCUACGCCAUGUGGUCGUGCUUCGAGGCGGCCUGGGUGCUCUCGGGGCAGGGCUUCUCGGGUUGGCACAACGGGAAGCCCGCCUGGGCGGGGGCGGUCAACGUCCGGGUGUUGGGCAGCGAGCUUGCAAAGCAUCCCGCGGCCAUCUGGGCCAACUGGAACAUACACACUGGACUUUGGCUGCGACACUACGUGUACGAGCGGCUGACUCCCCCCGGGCAAAAGCCCGGGUUUCUUCAACUCGCCGCCACGCAAAUGGUGUCUUCAAUCUGGCACGGUCCUUAUCUAGGUCAGGCCCUCUUCCGGCUCAAUGGUUCCGUCAUCAUCAUGAGCGGUCGAGUUUUGUACAAAUACCAAACCCGACUUGUCGACCGCUAUCCUGCUCUUAAACUCCCCACGCGCGUGCUGAUGUGGGCCUACACGCAGCUGACACAUGGCACGAAUCGAAUGGCCUUCUUCGUCUCGGUCUUGACGAUCCGAGACAUCUGGCGCGUUUUUGGGUCCUUGUACUAUCUACAGAUGCUUGUGCCGUUGAUUAUCGUGUUGCUAGGACGGUUAUUCCCCCUUGAAGCCCGCGCGAAAGAGGUGACCUUAGAAAAGCAGGCAGCUAAUACAGCAGGUUUGCGGAAAAAGUCAAAGAAGGACGCAUGAAGUCGAUGAGGUAGUCACCUUGUAACGCGCCUCGAAAAUCAUGGAAAACAAUGGUUGCAAUGACCUCCAAACAGCUUUCUAGAUCUCGGAUGCAAGACGCACCAUCCAAUUACUGAGUCGCAAGCUAGCUGAACCUGCUGUGUGGUAUAUUAGUACGUACGUGGCUACUUCACGCGCAGAAACAGCUGCGAUAUACAACUCCACGGAUCGAACACGAUUUUCAGUACUGCAGUCGACUUGCAAGUGCAGUCCCGUGCC